GAGCUAUGAUUCCCUAAGAAAGGGGAGAGGCAGGACAAGAACGUUUCUCCCUCCUCCUUCCCUUUCCCUCCCCCUCCCUAGUAAUUCACCAUUUUACACUCCUCUUUCCCAGCCUCAAUACAGCGCUACUGGCUCUUUUUAGGGAUCCCAGGAAAAAAGCGAAGCAGGAUUGAUCCCCAUCCGGAUAGAGGUGUCCGAGCUCUAGCGAUUUAGCGGCCCAGCGCUGUGGAGAGCGCAACACAGAGCGAUCUAUCCGAGGAGCAGCCACUCGAGGAGAAAGGAAGCCUGGGCGCGAGGAGGGGAGCGAUCUGUAGUCACUGGCCACAAUCAGGGAUUCAUUGGCGCUGCUGGGAGACGAGGCGAUUUCCUUGCGAGCAAAUCGCAUGUUGGAAGCAAAAAGCGAUCAGUAGAGCAGGACGGGACUCGGAGGAGGAGAGUUCUAUGAAGGACAGGGGGAGUUGUACAAGGAGACACAGCUGAGGGGACAACUGAGAAACACAUAAAAACAGCAGAGCGAUCCCUCGCUGCUGCUCAGAUGGAUGAACAAGGAAGGCUGAUGCAGGCCAGGGGGGUGGGGAUUCCAGGUCUCCCCAUCCAUGGGGGACCCCAAACUCUGACUCCUCAUCCUAUGCACGAGCCCCCGACGGACAAUGGGGAGCCCAGGAAGCAGGAUAUCGGCGACAUAUUGCAACAGAUCAUGACUAUCACUGACCAGAGCCUUGACGAAGCCCAAGCAAAGAAACAUGCUUUAAACUGCCACAGGAUGAAACCUGCACUUUUCAGCGUUCUUUGUGAAAUUAAAGAGAAAACCGGAUUGAGUAUUCGUAACUCCCAAGAGGAAGAGCCUGUUGACCCUCAGCUAAUGCGCUUAGACAACAUGCUACUAGCAGAAGGUGUCGCAGGACCAGAGAAAGGUGGUGGAUCAGCGGCAGCUGCUGCAGCAGCAGCUGCUUCAGGUGGAGUCUCUCCUGAUAAUUCCAUUGAGCACUCAGAUUACAGAAACAAACUUUCCCAAAUCCGACAGAUUUAUCAUGCUGAACUGGAGAAGUACGAGCAGGCCUGUAAUGAGUUCACAACCCAUGUAAUGAACCUCCUGAGAGAGCAGAGCCGAACCAGACCUAUCUCACCAAAGGAAAUUGAGCGAAUGGUUGGGAUCAUUCACCGAAAAUUUAGCUCCAUUCAGAUGCAGCUCAAGCAGAGCACCUGUGAGGCCGUCAUGAUCCUUCGCUCCCGAUUUCUGGAUGCACGGAGGAAGAGAAGAAAUUUCAGUAAACAAGCUACUGAAGUCUUGAAUGAAUAUUUCUACUCACAUCUGAGUAACCCAUACCCUAGUGAGGAGGCAAAGGAGGAGCUGGCAAAGAAGUGCAGCAUAACGGUGUCACAGGUUUCAAACUGGUUUGGAAACAAGAGAAUUCGGUACAAGAAGAACAUUGGAAAGUUCCAGGAAGAGGCAAAUAUCUAUGCUGUGAAGACGGCUGUUAGUGUGACACAGGGAGGACACAGCGGGGCCAAUUCACCAACAACCCCUACCUCUGCAGGUUCUGGUGGUUCAUUCAACCUCUCUGGAUCUAAUGAUAUGUUCAUGGCGAUGCAGGGCUUAAAUGGGGAUUCUUAUCCCCCUUCACAGGUGGAGUCCUUGCGCCACACGAUGGGCCCUGGCUACAGUGAUAGUUUGUCAGCAAAUCAGAUGUACAGCCCGCGGGAGAUCCGGGCAAAUGGAGGGUGGCAAGAAGCUGUCACCCCUUCGUCUGUCACCUCGCCCACAGAAGGACCUGGCAGUGUCCACUCUGACACCUCGAACUGAGCUCUUUAUUCUCUGUGCUCCAUCUGUCUACCAAACCAGGCUCUUUACAUGGACUAAACCCCUUCCUCGACUAACUCCCAUACUCUGGAACUAUCAGGGAGAAGGAUUGUGGAAGUCCACUCUCCCCUUACCACCCUCUCUUCCCUCAAACUGAUCCUUUUAAAAAGCCCUUGGUUCUUCCAUCUUUUGGAAUGGCUGACAAAUGGACAGUAAAGGUCUGCAUUUUUUUUUUUAAAGAAAAUAAUGGGUUGAGGGCAUAACACCCUAUCCCUGUUUUAAGGGCAGAGACUAUUGCCCAAAUACUCCCAACCAAAGGAUAGUAAUUGACCACCAUCAAGAAAAAAUCCAAAUGAAUAUCUUGUAAAGUUCAAGAUGGAUGCCUAAAGUGGUAUUUUCUAUAUGGAACCAAGGAAGAAGAUAAUCAUUCUGCUCACUAGAGAAAAAAGUGGCUUGCCCAUAAGCGAUUAUCCUUUAGCACAAUAAGAAUCAUAUGUGAUGACAUGGAUAUGCUUGAAGGAGAAAAAAUAUAAAAUACAGAAUUAACAGGGAAUAAUAAAUAAACCUUAUUUCGCAUUAAGGGGGUGGCUUUGAAAACACUUUCUGUUUGUAGAACAGGGGAAGAAGAGAGGGAGAGUGUUUUGAGAGGUGUGAAGAGGACAUAUGUUAAAAGGAGGGGCAAGCUAGGCAGCAGAAAAAAAGGAAAUGGGGGAUCCAGGGAAAAGAAGGAGGAGAGAAAAGGAAAGAAUGUAAAAGCCAAAAUGAAGAGCUACAAAUAAGAGGAACUGUAAAAGUCAAUGAAAGCCCAAAUCUCCUCACCCACCAGAGUCCACCCAAAAUCCUUUGAGGCUCAGCCAAUCAAAGAACAGCGUUAUUACCUCAUAGCGGCUCACAUAACCAAUAGAGAAGACUCUUUUCUUUGUCUUUUUUCCUUUCUUUUACUGAGUUUUCUUUUUGUUCACGCGUUCACAAGUUUGACUACCUCCAAAGGGAAAAUAAAAUAUAUAUAAAUAUAUAUUAAAAAAAACUUUCUCUCACUCCUGCACGGGGGCGCAGCAAAAUGUGUGGGGAAUUUUUCUCUAACUUGAUCUGCUUCCCCCUUCACUCCCCUUUUUUCUUUUGGGAAGUUGGGUUAUGAAUAGGGUUGGUUUUUAGAGUUUUGUGUUUAGGGAAGUCUUCUAAGGGGGCAUUUUUAUUCUUAUUUUAUGUUUGGUGUGUGUUGUUGGAGAGGAAGUUACAGAAAUGAAGUAGCAAGGCUGUGUGGGUAACGCUCCGUGUCUAACCAAUACAAUCCAGCAUUUGGUGCACCCCUUAAAUUUUAUACCAUUAAAUAUUGUUUAUACGUCAUAGAAAUUUGCAACAUAUACCAUUCUUAUUCAGGAACAUGUGUAUUUAUAUAUACAUAUAUACUGUAUGUGCUUUUAUACAAACACCACAAAUCUAAAUUAAUAAAUUCUUUGGUAUUUGUAUCUAUGCGGAGGCAGUACCAUGCCGAUGUAUAAAUUUAUUAAAGGACAGCUUUGAAUGAAAUCCUCACACUUUAGGGUAAGGGCACACGGGGAGAUAAGUCGCCCCGGUGACAAAUCUCCUCUUCGUUGGGGCGACAAUCUGUCUGAACUGCCUUCCCACCGACUAUAAUGAAAAAUCACCAGUGGGAUCGCACUUGCGGCACUUCAUUUUACGAAGUCGGGUGAAGUUUCCUCGUGAGGCGACUUCGGAAAGCGAAGCGAUGCGAGUGCCAUCCCGCUGCCGAUUUUUCAUUAUAGCCGGUGGGAAUGUAGGGGAAGGCAGUUCAGGGAGAUUGUUGCCCUGAUGAAGAGAUGAUUUGUCGCCGGGGCCCGUGUGCCCUUACACUUACUGGUCUUUAGUAGGGUCAUUCUGCAGUCGCGGUUUAGCGCAGGAAUAUAAUCCCAUGUACAUGCACAGACUUGUUCCACAUCUAAAAGUUGUAUCAUUUUUUUGUCUGAUAUACACAUUUAUUAUUUAUCAUGCAUCAAAGCUGAUUUGCAUAUUACAGGUUGCCUAAAUAAUUAACAUGUAUCAGCCAUCAAUAUAUCGACUCCUUGACCACAUGGGUCAUAUUCACACAAAAAAAAAAAUUAAGGUUUAGAUAUAGGUCAAAGAAUCCUUAAACAUCAGUGGUGGUCUCAGAAUCUAGCUAAAUCUGAAUUUAGAGAGUGUCUUCUAUUUAUAGGGAUGCACCUUUAUUUGUUUCUCUAAACUCAAGUGUAUGUUUGAAUUUUAAAGAUAAUGAGCACACAUGUUAUAGUCUGAACAGACUUGCCCAACAUUCAUUUGUAUGUGCACCCAAAUCCACUAGAAAUAUUUUGGGUAUUGGUACUGGAUAUUUUGAAAGACCUGUUUGGCUGAUGAUCGCGUAUGUUAACAAAUGCAGCUAAUGGCAGAGCAGCCUGCUACAAUAGUCACUCUGAUCUAUUUGUUUGUUUGGAUUGCUUUAUAUAAAGCCAGUUUAACUCUCAGUGUAAGUGAAACACUAAACUGACCACUGAUGUUAUCUGGCUGCAUUUGCUUUUUUGUGCCCAUCUGAGGACUUAUGAAAUAUAAGGGAAAACACAUUGAUUGUUGGAUAUUUAUAAAUGUCUAUGAUUUAGGCACACUUGAGCGCCCAGCCUUCCUCUUCUGAUCUAGCGGCCUGGCCCUGAAUGCUAGACUUUACUGAGAUGUGUGAGAUUAAGCAAGACCUUUUCAUAUGUGUAUAUUAUACUUUUUGUUUUUUUUUUUUGUUUUUUUCUCUGCCCCAUUUAGUUGAGGGAAACCUGUUUAUGAACUGUUAUUUUGGGGUUCUUAGAAUCAUUAUUUUUCUUUCACAAUUAUUAAAAUGAAUCACUGACAAACCA